UCCGAUCAACUGGACAGCCGAGCACCCAGCAAAAUGAAAUUCUUGUUGAUCUGCGCCUUCGUCGCCGUCGUGGCCGCCGAUGUCAGCCAUCUGCCCUCCAGCCAGUACCUGCCUCCCCGCCAGGGGGCUGCCUCCGCCCCGGUGGCAUCCUACUCCGCCCCAGCUGCCAGCUACAGCGUAGAGGCCUCCGCCCCGGUUGCCUCCUACUCUGCCCCCGCUGAGUCCAGCUACUCGGUCGCCGCCUCCGCCCCGGCUGUCUCCUACGCCGCCCCGGCUGCCUCCUACUCCGCCCCAGCGGCCACCUACACCGCUGCCGCUUCCGCCCCAGCUGUGUCCUACGCCGCUCCCGCCCAGAGCUACGCUGCCCCGGCUGCCACCUACACCGCUGCCGCCUCUGCCCCAGCCGUGUCCUACGCCGCCCCAGCUGUCUCCUACUCCGCCCCCGCUGCCACCUACACCGCUGCUGCCUCGGCUCCUGCUGUCUCCUACGCCGCUCCCGCCCAGAGCUACUCGGCUCCCGCUGCCACCUACACCGCUGCCGCUUCCGCCCCAGCUGUGUCGUACGCCGCCCCCGCUGCCACCUACACCGCCGCCGCCUCUGCCCCCGCUGAGAGCUACGCCGCUCCCGCCGAGAGCUACGAGUCCGCCGAGUCCGCUCCCGCCCACACCUUCUCGGCCACCGACGGAUACCGCUACAAGACCCACCGUCGCGUCGUCCUGCGUCGCCACCGUCGCGGAGUGCCCUCCAACGACUACCUGCCCCCCUUCCAGGGAGCCGCCUCCGCCCCGACCAGCGAGUACCUGCCCCCCGCAGCCUCUGCCCCCGCUCCGGUCUACUCCGCUCCUGCUCCCGUUGCCACCUACACCGCUGCCGCCUCUGCCCCGGCCGUGAGCUACUCCGCUCCUGCCCAGAGCUACGCCGCCGAGGCCUCCGCCCCAGCUGAGAGCUACGAGACUGCUGCCUCCGCCCCCGCCCACUCCUUCUCGGCCAACGAUGGAUACCGCUACAAGACCCACAAGCGCGUGGUGCUCCGCCGUCACCGUCGUGAUGUGAGCCACCUGCCCGCCAACGAGUACCUGCCCCCAGCAGCCUCCGCCCCCGCUCCAGUCUACUCCGCUCCCGCUCCAGUCUACUCUGCCCCCGCUCCCAGCUACACCGCCGCUGCCUCCGCUCCGGCUGUGUCCUACGCUGCCCCCGCCCAGAGCUACUCGGCUCCCGCCCAGACCUACACCGCUGCCGCUUCCGCCCCGGCUGUGUCCUACUCCGCUCCCGCCCAGAGCUACGCCGCUCCCGAGUACUACAGCGGUGCCGCCUCCGCGCCCGCCGCCUCCUACUCCGCCCCCGCUGAGAGCUACGAGUCCGCCGAGUCCGCUCCCGCCCACUCCUACUCCGCCAACGACGGAUACCGCUACAAGACCCACAAGCGUGUGGUCCUCCGCCGUCACCGUUACUAG